CUGAAGAGUAUAACCGCCUGAGAAGUAUAUGUAAUGGUACAAAUGAAGGACCCCUACUGCGAAGCCCUGGUCGUCACGACAGAAACCGGACCCCCGGUUGCCCACUUCAGCAGAUGUGGAAGCCUGUUUAUCCUUAACAAACUAUGAAACUGGUGCCAUGGAUCGAUCUGCCAACUUCAGCUUUAGGAACACUUUAGAAGGGUAUGCUAUUCCAACCUCAGGAAUCGCUAACCGAUCACAGAGCAGUAUGCACAAUUCCCUUCACGUUUACUUGAAUGGCUCUAUGUCCAAUGUUCAGGGAUCUGCAAACGACCCAAUUUUUGUUCUUCACCAUGCGUUUGUUGAUAGCCUCUUUGAACAAUGGCUUAGAAGACAUCAGCCCUCACUA